CUAGGGCUAUACGACAAAUAUGAUAAUAUCAUGAUAUGAUAUUGUCAUCAAAUUAUUUUGUCAAAUAUAAGACCUUAUACCAACAUCAUACCAAUAUCAUAUCAACAUUAUCCCACUAUCAUACCACUAUCAGUAAUAAUAUCGUGAUAUGAGAGUGGUAAUAUGAUGCAAAACAUUUUGCUUCAGAAAAUGUCAAAACAGAUAUCUUGUAGAUCGAGCACAAAAAUCUGAUUUUUCUAUACAAAAUAAUUUGAAAUCCAAUAUAAAACGAAUGAGUUAUAAUAAUCCGUUGAAUUUUCGUACUAAAUUUAAAAAGUAUUUGGGAAUUCUCGCCAGUUCUCCCAAAUACGUGCAGUUGGACAGCAAAUCCGGAAGACCCAUUAUUUACAUCGUUACUAUUUUAUGAUUUGGACCGUUUGAUCUUUCCUUCCCUAAAAAAAUAGUGUUGUCUCACAAGUACAACCCAUAUUAAUAAUAAUAUCAAUUAGGGUAUGUCACCGUAACAUGGACUUUUCGGUCGAUCUAAUCCUAAUAGAGGUCGACCGAAUUUACUAUUAUGUGCACCCUGAGGACUUAUCGCGGCCGACCUUUAAAAUGUAGUGGUCGACCGUUUGUAGUUUAAGUUGCAUUGUUGGUCGACCAUAAUAAAAAAAAUCGGUCGCCCUUUUCAUUGGCGUCAAAAGAAAAAUGGUCGACCGUAAAGGUAUAUAGGUCGACCAUUUAUAGAAAGAGGCUGACCUUAUAGAAGAGAAGUGUUGUAUCCAUUUAUCCUUCAUCAUUUGACGUAAAAUGAAGGUCGUGUUGAUUUCGGGGUCGACCUUUCAUUCUGUUCGCUUCCCAAAUAGGUCAACCACUUGCUAUAGACGGUCAACCGCGUCGUUGAACCCCACAAAACUGAAACAGCAAAUUAGGUCGAUCUAAUCCUCUAUUAGGUCGACCGAAAAAUCCAUGACACCGUAGAAAAGUCCUAUCAAUUGAACUAUCUUCUUGCUAAAAACAUCGGAAACUAAGAUGAGACAACAUUCUAAGAUAGUUUUGGGUUUUUAAUCGAAACAGAUCUUUACAGUCUUAUCGAUUUUCGUUAACGGAAAAGAAAUCCAUAAACUCUUAAUGAUUUUGGUUUCGAUUUCGAUUUCGGUUAAAACUGAAAAAAUUUAAUACAUAAAUAAGUCGAUAAGCUUUAACAAAACUAAAAUUCAUUUCAGUAUAUCCUUACACGAGUACCGAUUUCAGUUUUAGAACACUGGCUAAUACGACUUUUUCUUUUAUAAUGAUUUUUCGGUUGGGUUAAGUCGUUAACCGAACCACCACCCCUAUUUUUCAUUUUUCGGUCGGGUUAACCAUGAGCUCCCCUCCGUUUUCUCUCCACCUCUCGCUGAUUUCUUUGAGUUGGACAACUCCGGCCGGCCGGCAUUGGGUCCUCUUAAUACGCCGGCCGGAAUUCUUUGGCAAUCGGCACCAAAACGUCCAACGAAGGAAGACGUGGAAAACGGCAUCAUCAUAGUUGGAAAACGACAACAACUCCCGUCACCUAAGCAGAAGCAAAAGCAGCAGAGCGAUCUCCAUUUUCGAUCACUUCAACCUCUUAAUUACUUACUCCCCAUGAUCAGUCCACUAUAAAAGGAAUCGCGAUCAACAAACAAGGAUUUGUUCUACUGGUAAUACCAUAAAUCUAAAGUUCGACAGGUUCCUUGUCCACACAAAAAAAAAGUACUAAUAGGCUAAUAGCUACAUCACCAUGGUUAUUGUCCACAAAACCCUGCUAGCUUUUCUGGCGACCAUGGUGAUGAUCAUGGCAAGCCCUUCAUUGCUGCACAGGGUUCACGUUACCAAUAUGUUACGCGACAAGAUACUGAUAGUGCAUUGUCAAUCCAAAGACGACGAUUUCAAGGCCCACGCGCUGGCCGUCGGCGAGAGUAUCCAGUGGAGUUUCGAGCCGAAUGUGUUCGGCGGGACCCUCUUCUGGUGCAAACUCGCCGUCGAAGAUAAGCGUCUUACUUUCACGGCGUUCGAACAAAGUGGGCUCGAUCGAAGUGGGCCAUACACCGGACACUGGUAUGUUGGUGGCGACGGGGUUUAUGGGAAGGACAAGUACACCGAUGAUGUAAUUUUCAAGGCUUCGUGGAGGCGAGUCUUGCCACGCCGUUAGAACCAUACAAGGCGUAUGGAUCUGUACGCAGGGCGUAAGUAACAUGUAUCUCGCAAUAAUUCGAGUUAUUUGGGACUAACUGGAUUAUGACAUAGUAUCAAAGCUUGUUUGAGAUUGUGAUGAUGUCGUGUGUUCAAGCCCUCGUGAGCCGUUGUUCUUAAAGCAUACAUAGUAUGGCGGGCCUGUGAAAAACUUCAAGAAUAUGGUUGUCAGUCCGAUCGGCAUGCCACCGGUCAACUUGGUUCAGCCGGUACCUGUCAUGUAAUCGGCGUGAACAUGAUCGGCAUGAUUGAUUUACGAUUUCUACGCAAAAUAACGUCUUUUUGGUUGAACUAAAUUAAUAAAAAAAUAUAUUUUAUCAUUUAUUUUAUUAUUUUAAAAGUUAAAUAUUGAUCUUAUUUGUUUGAUUCAAGUAUAAACGUUUAGGUAUUUACGUUAAAUGUAGCAUUUAAAUAUGAGGAUUUGUAAUUUUAUUAUGGAUAUCAAAUUUUAUUUAAAUUUCUAUUUUCAACUCCUUUAAAAAAUUAAGCGUACUCGUUCCGUAGUGGAUCUCUUACAAGACCAAUUCGGAAUUUAUAUUCUCUCGGCAAUCCCUCUGCGCGUUAUCGUUUGGCUGCCCGGCUGGGCUGGAGAACACGAACGGAGUUCGAUUGUUGAUUCGGAAUUGUCACGGCGGGAGUUUUUGUUGUUGGCUUUUCUUUUCGCGUGCUGGACUCUUCUGUACCGUGGCAUGGCAGGUGUUAAGCGACUAGUCUGGCUGUCUCUGUGACCAUUCUGUCGAAGCUCCGUUGCCGUGUCCUGCACAGCAUCGGUGGAUCUUCUUCUUGCCCAGUUUUCCCUUUUCUUUUCCUGUUCUGUUUCGUAGACUUUAGUGGUUUGCUGUGGCUUUCGCCCUGCUGCUGUUUGUUUCCUUACCUUUUCGUUUUUGUUCAUUAUGGUUCAGUGCUUCUGAACCUGUUUCUCCCUUCGUUUGUACCUGCUUUGGACCCUUCUCGGUUUUUUUUUAAUUUAAUCUUCACCCUUAUCCAAAAAAAAAAAGUCUCUUGCACCGGCAACUCUAGUCAUCGUCUCAUCCCAAAAAACAAAAGCGUCCGACAAAAGGAAGGAUCACUAUAAGAACCAAAGCAGCAGAAGGUCGAGGGUGGCAGUAGAACCCAAAUUCGCGGGUGCUAUCGGACCCAACUCGCGGGUAAAACACGUUUUGACGGAUUGCGAUCAGGUUUGGGUUUAAAUCCGUUAUACUUUUUAUGGGUUGGGUUUGGGUGGGCCAUAUUCAAACCGUGGAUACCAGCACCCAAUUAAGUCCAUACCCCACGACCCAUGAAACCCUUAACAAAUUAAUAUCUAAACU